UACCACGUGUAGCGGGCAUUAUUUAGAGUAAACUGCUCUUCCUUCUCGAGCGCCAAGAGGGAUGCCGACGAUAGCUGUGCCGCGUGACGCCCUCUUCGAGGCGCUGGGGAAAACGUACACUGAUGAAGAAUUUGAUGAACUCUGUUUCGACUUUGGGAUAGAGCUGGACGAAGUGACGUCAGAGAAGGAGAUGUUGAUCAGGGAGAUGGGGGAAGAGAAGGCGGAGGCCAACGAUCAGAAAGCCAGCGAACAAGUCAUCUACAAGAUAGACAUCCCAGCCAACAGGUAUGAUCUACUGUGUAUGGAGGGACUGGUGCGUGGGCUACUGGUCUUCCUCAGAAAGAUUGAAGCACCUGUGUACAAAGCAGUGUUGCCCAGUCGGCCACACAGACUUCUUGUCAAACCAGCGACUGCUCAAGUGAGGCCGUUUGUGGUUGCCGCAAUCCUCAGAAACAUCGCCUUCACUCAGGCUAGUUACAACAGCUUCAUAGACCUACAAGACAAACUGCAUCAAAACAUCGGCAGGAAACGUAGUCUGGUUGCCAUAGGAACCCACGACCUGGACACUCUAAAGGGACCGUUCACCUACGAGGCCUUGCCCCCCGAACAGAUAAAAUUUGUUCCCCUCAAUCAGACCAGAGAGUUCACAGCUGUUGAGCUAAUGGAUCUCUAUUCUAAAGACAGUCAUAUCCGUCACUAUCUGCACAUCAUACAAGACAAACCGGUUUAUCCCGUUAUCUACGAUAAGAACAGGGUCGUCCUCUCCAUGCCGCCCAUUAUAAACGGUGAUCAUUCCAAAAUCUCGCUCAGUACAAGAAAUGUCCUCAUAGAAUGUACAGCCACAGAUUUGAAGAAGGCAAAGAUUGUCCUCGAUACUUUGGUUACGAUGUUCAGUGAGUACUGCGAGACUCCCUACACAGCUGAGUGUGUUGAAGUGGUGAGGGCAGACGGAAUGGUGGAGAAAUAUCCUGAGUUGCGCUACAGAAACGAAGUUGUGACUGUGUGCGACAUCAACAGAGGUGUCGGUAUUAACGAGGGGGCGGAGUCGAUUGCGAAACUCCUCACUAAGAUGUGUCUCCGCAGUCAGGUCAUUGAAGGGGGCAAGAGCAUCAAGAUUGAAAUUCCUCCAACCAGAGCUGAUGUUCUUCAUGGAUGUGACAUAAUGGAAGACGUGGCCAUUGCCUACGGCUUCAACAACAUCACCAUGACGCUGCCCAAGACUUCAUGUGUCGCCAAACAGUUACCAGUAAACAAGCUCUCAGAUCAACUGAGAGAGGGCGUGGCACAGGCUGGUUUCACGGAAGCACUGACCUUCGCACUUUGUUCGAGGGACGAUGUGUCGGUUCGUCUUCGAAAAGAACUUGCAACAAUUCCUGCAGUUCACAUCAGCAACCCGAAAACCUUAGAGUUUCAGGUCUGAACAUCCGCAACAGUUACCGUUCUACUCAUUUAACCCCGUAUUACUCUUCUGGUGGUUUGUUUACAGGUUGCCAGGACGACGCUGUUGCCAGGGGUUACUAAAGACGAUAUCGGCCAACAAGAACAUGCCCCUCCCGAUGAAGCUGUUUGAAAUAUCUGACGUUGUUCUCAAAGAUUCCACCAAAGAUAGUGGUGCUAGGAAUCACAGGAGACUCUGUGCCGUUCACUACAGCAGAACACCUGGAUUUGAGAUAAUCCAUGGACUGUUGGACCGAGUCAUGCAACUGUUGGAGGUACAGUUCACAGACGAUGGGACUGGAUAUCACAUUGAGAUGUGUGACGACUCCACCUAUUUCCCUGGUCGUUGUGCCGAGGUCCACGUGCGAGGCAAUCUGAUUGGUCACCUGGGAGUCCUCCAUCCUGAUGUCAUCACGUCCUUUGACCUCAACCUACCUGCUGCUGCCAUGGAGAUUGGUAUUGAAUACUUCUUGUGAGGACGUUUUCCGACACUCUUGACGCUAAUCAAAAUCACCAUUUUUUCAAUUGUUUUUUCUUUUCAACUGUAUUAUGAACAAACGUAUAGUGUUACAGCUAAAAGCAACAUUAUGUUUAUACAGUUGCGAAUUGGGAGUAAAAAAUAAUUAUA